CCACUUUCUUUUCCUCUUUCUUUUCUCUAUCAUCAUUUCAUCUUCUCUAUUUCGAUAGAUAGAAAAAAAAUGAAACAAGGAUGGCAAUAACAAUAUUUCGUUCCAAUCAUUUUCUUUUCAACAGAAAAAAAAAAUACCCGAUCUUUUCUUCUCUACCCUUCACCCGUUUAUCUCUAAAUUUUUUUAGUUUCUUUAGCUGCUUCUUGUUGUUGUUGUUGUAUAAAAGAAUCCAAGAAAUCUCAGUUUCUUUGAUACCCAUCUCACCAAACAUGAUUCGUCAAACUUUGAUGAGAUCGGCGUCGGUGAACCGACGGACACAGCCGCUUCUAUUUGCGAACGACAGUACUAAGUCAUCAAUAUCAUCGUUGAGGGCGACAAAAGGGAGGAGGUUUGCACAGGUGGUGGGUGCGAGGACGGUAAAGUGCGUGGCGGUUUGCUGCUAUUGUUCGUGCACGGUGAUGGAGCUACUGGUGCUGGGGUUCUACAAGGUACCAACAGGGCUGUGCAAGAAGGCGUGGAAGAAGAGGAAACGUCGACAAAUCUUGAAGAUGAAGAAGCAAGGGGUGAUGGGGGGAGGAAACCUAGAUUUGGGUUUGAAAGAAAACCCAGAUUUAGAUUUGUAGAGGGGCAUCUUGUCCCUUAUUUAAAAAUUCAUGGCCUUUAAUAAUUUUUUCUUGGCCUUCAUCCAUGAAGUUAUGACCCUCAUCCAUUAUCUCUUGGCUUUCGACCAUUUUUUUUGGCCUUCUCUUAUUUGGCUAUUACCUUUAAUGAGUUUCUUUUGACCUUCAAGAAUAAGCUCUUUUCCCUUAUUUUGGAGUUUCAAGAUCUCAUCCAUUAGCUCCUUCUCUGCUUAAGAAAUCUACAAGACAAUU